CGUAUACUUACUACCAAAUUAAACUCCAAACGCAAGUCAGCUGUUAGGUUCGACGUAAAUUGAACAUUUAGUUAACCGAGAUUUUUAGAAAUUAAGCAGCUUUGAAAGCAGCGUUAUUCUGUAAAAAGUACCGAAGCACUGAACGAGCUCUCGGUAAUAAAUUCAGAUCGAACCAACGUAACAAAAAAAUAGUGACAUCAAAAUACUCUUACACAUUAGAUCGACCUGUCGACAAUUACGUGCGCGAAUAUGCCGAGAGAGCUUCAAAGAGUCAGUUGCGGACCUAAGGGGAGACUUAAACUCGAAAGAAAAAAGUCUGCCUCUGUGGUCGAAAGUGCCGACUCACGUCCGUCCUGUUCCGAUAUGGAGCCUAAGAGAGACGACUACGUCAUUCAUGACGAAGACAACACCCUGUUCGAGAGGAUCUACUCGGACCUGAUACUUCCAAAAAUGCCAAACUGCUCGUGGGCCAUUCACCGCAGCCUACUGCCCAAUAAAACUAUCGUUGCCAGCGAGCUCACUGUCUGGACUGAGCGUAACGUUGAAGUUGCACCGCUGUACAUCAAACAGAUUGUAUUUGACCAGAAACUGAACUUUGAAGUGUUUUUUGUGAACACUAAAAUGGUCUUGAAGGAUAAACCGAGUGCUCCUCAAACUGUGGAAGAGUUUGAGCAAAUUCUGGCUUAUAUUGACAAUAUUAAAUUGUGUCCAGGGGGACCUGCGGUCACAGAAUUCAGCAACGUUAGUAUAGAAUGCGCUUAUAAAGACCCGACGAAAAAGUGGCGGCACAAUUUGUGUUCCCUUGAAUCUGUCGGCGAAUUGGUCUGCAAGUCUUGCUUUUCGCUGCAGGAAAUACUUCAGAGGCAUGUACAGCGAAACAAAGUUAACGGUAGAUCUUUACCAUAUUCCAGAACAGAGAAGAGAAAAGUUCCUUACAGGAGAGCCAAGCGUAUUUGAAAAAUAAACUU